UGUUGUGAAAUGCUUCACGAACAAGCAAAGCUUGUAUUUGGAUUGUAAAAAUUGUAACUAAAGCACUGGUUCUGUUUCAAAACGAUUGCGAUUUUGGUACAGAGUAAAAAUCUUAAAUUAUGAGUUCAAAAGUAAGAGAGUCUGGAAAGGAAGACAAAAACUCAGAAACCACUGGGAAGUGUGCAGGAAAGUCUCCAUCAACAAGUAUGGCAUCCCCUCCAAGUAAAUUAUCUGCCAUCGCUAAAUUUCUUAAAAGUCCUCGUAAGCAAGUAAAGAUAAACGAACAGAGUGAGAAAACAAAAUCAAAAACAAGUAAAUCUAAUAAAAAAGGAAAAAUGAAAAACAUUAAAAGCCCUAGCAAAGGUAGUCCAGUUGUUGGAAGUAAACCCACAACCAGACAAGGUUCGACUCAAAAGCAGGCUACAUUGGAGGAAAAUAAGCAAACUUUGCAUGAAGAAAAACGAGAUUCCCUUGAAAAAAAACAAGGCAAGGGUUCUUCAAGUGAUCUUGCUCAAGACGAGGCUCGGAGCAUUCCCUGUAGCCCUGACAUGUCAAAACACCAGGAUGUUGUCAGUACUCCUGAUCGCACCAUUGGCAGUGGUAAAAAAUCAAUGGUUCAAACAAGUUUGUCAACAACAAAAGAAUUUGUUGAACUUUUGUCAAGCCCAGAGCAUCCUCCUGUUCACAAGAAAAAAGGACGAAAGACUAGAUCCAAAAAAAAGGAGAAAGUGGAUAAGAAACAAACAAGGAUCACAAGUAUUUUCCCAUUGCGGAAAAGCACCAGAAAGACAAAGUCUCAACAAGAGAAAGAUGAGCAGGAAAGAAUAACAAAGAUAAUUUUAUCAAAAAAGUUUGAAGGCUUAGAGGUGCGAACAACAAAAGGAAAGGGAAGAGGAGUGUUUGCAACCCAUGAUUUUGAAAGAAAUGAGUUUGUAUGUGAAUACUCGGGAGAGUUGAUAACUUACGAUGAGGCAAAGAAGAGAGAGACAAGUUACAAUGAAGAUAAAAAUAUUGGUUGUUAUAUGUAUUACUUAGAGUUCAACAAUAAAAAAUAUUGUAUUGAUGCUACAGCAGAAGAUGGAACAUUGGGCCGAUUAAUAAACCACAGCAGAAAAGGAAAUUGUAAAACUAAAAUUCACGACAUUGAUAAUCUACCACAUCUUAUUUUUGUGACAAUGCGUCGUAUCAAGGCUGGGGAAGAAUUGUUGUAUGACUAUGGUGAGAGAAAUCGAGAUAUCAUACAAUCACAUCCAUGGCUUGAGAGUUGAAAUCCUAAACACAAUGGUCUUUAAAGAUAAGUGAAAGAUGAGUAACUGUUUCUUCAUCUUGUUCCCCUCAUCUUGUUUCUACAAGCUCAAUUGACUUCAUGUAGUGCUCAUUGAUGAUAGUUUUGUUGACAAAAAGAAACAAGUGAUCACAGAAUUCAUCUAAAUGUGAGCAAGAGU